CUCUGGCGGAGCUGGAUAAGCGCAUCCAGGAGCUGCAGAACCGCCCGGCCGAGGUGGGGGCCCCGUCAGUGGCAGCAAACAAGGCGGGCAGUGGCAAGACAGGAGCGGCGACGUCACAGGCGGCCAAGUCGGUGGCAGCCGCGGCUGCGGAGCUGGCGGCGGCGACUGGCGCCAUUACCGCCCGCAACCGGCAGCUGGGCGACCAGGUCAAGGCGAUGGAGGAGCAGCUGAAGCAGCUGCUGGCCAAUGUGGCCAAGCUGCCAGAGCAGGGCCCCGGCAAGGAUGGCGCAGCAGGUGCAGUCGGCGCAGGAGGUGCAGUCGGCGCAGCAGGUGCGGUGGGUGCGACAGGAGCUACGGGUGAGAGAGGUGUAGCCGGUGCUGCUGGCGCCAACGGCGUGGCAGGCGCCAAUAAUGGUCCCAUAGGCAGCGGCUCUCAUAUCGAGCAGCAGAAGGCCGCUGCGGCCAAGGAUGCUCGUGACGCGCUUCUGGCGGCUAUCCGCGGCGACAUCAACGCCAUCCAAGCGGCCCUGGGACAGAUCCUAAAGAAUGCAGCCCGCCCGGGCCGGGGCGGCCUGAGUGCGGGCGGCAGUGAAGAUGUGGCCGCCCUCGCCGCCGCAGCAGCGGAGGACCGGGAGAAGCUGAAGCAGCUCCAGGAUCUCGUGAUGGCGCUACAGGACGAUGCUGCAGCUGCCCGGGCAGCGGCAGAGGCCGCGGCGCAGCGAGCGGAACAGAUGGAAGUUGAAGUUGCAGCCGCCGCUGCCGCAGCGUCGGCGGCGGCGGCCGCCGCUGCAGCGGCAGUCGCGUCCGCCCCACCGGCGGAGGCCGAAGAAGAAAGCGAAGCCGCGAAUGCGGAGGGCUCGCUAUCCUCACCAACGGGAGCGGCAACAGCAGAUCCCAAGGUCGCGGCUAGACCUGGAGUUGGGAAGGCUGGACCGGGCGGUAAGAAGGCCGCUGGAUAUGAUGGCAGCGGUGGUGGCAAUGCCAGUAGCUCAUCAGCCGCCGUAGGUGGCCCAUCCGCCUCGGAUGACUUGUCCCGCAUGGCCGCGUCACUUCCCGCAGCCCUGGCAGAGCUGGAUAGGCGCAUCCAGGAGCUGCAGAACCGCCCAGCAGAGGCGGUAGGGACAAUUGGGUCGGGAACAGCGGCAAGUGGAGGUUCCAGUGGUGCAAGCGCGAAUGCAGGCAAGGCGGGUACCAAGGCAGGAGCGGCGCCAUCGGCAGCGACGUCACAGGCGGCCAAGUCGGUGGCAGCCGCGGCUGCGGAGCUGGCGGCGGCGACUGGCGCCAUUACCGCCCGCAACCGGCAGCUGGGCGACCAGGUCAAGGCGAUGGAGGAGCAGCUGAAGCAGCUGCUGGCCAACGUAGCCAAGCUGCCAGAACAGGGCAUGGACACGGGCACCGCUAUACCAGCAACUGCGGCCGCCGCUGACGCAACCGGAAGAUAUGCUGGCAGCAACAGCGCAGGUGGGGGCACUGGCGGCAUUGGCGGCAACACUGCCGGCGUUGGAGGACAGUCAGUCGGCGCCGCAGGAGCCACUGCCGGCACCGAGCAGCAGAAGAAGGCAGCGGCGGCCAAGAAUGCUCGUGACGCGCUUCUGGCGGCUGUCCGCGGCGACAUCAACGCUAUACAAGCGGCGCUAGGACAGAUCCUCAAGAAUGCAGCCCGCCAGGGCCGGGGCGGCCUGGGUGCGGGCGGCAGUGAAGAUAUGGCUGCCCUCGCCGCAGCAGCAGCGGAGGACCGGGAGAAGCUGAAGCAGCUCCAGGAUCUCGUGAUGGCGCUCAUGAAGGAGCAGAAGGGCGCAAAGGACGACGCCGCGGCUGCCCGGACGGCAGCGGAGGCGGCAGCGGAUCGGGCCGAGCAGAUGGAGGUCGAGGUGGCGGCGGCCACCGCUGCGGCAUCAGCUGCAGCCGCCGCUGCCGCAGCUGCUGUCGCAUCGGCGCCAACGAUGGAGAGCGCAGAUGGCGACUUUGCGGCGGAGCCGGCAGGCAGAGCGUCUUCGCCAACGGCGACGGCAGCUGGCGCGGCGCGGCGUGCCAAGGCUGCGGUGAGCGGCAACCCAUCUGGCGGAUCUGGAUCCGUAUACGGGGCGGCCAGCGUGGAUAAGUCAGCAGCCGCCAUGGAUGGCCCAUCCGCCUCGGAUGACUUAUCACGAAUGGCCGCGUCACUUCCCGCAGCUCUGGCGGAGCUGGAUAAGCGCAUCCAGGAGCUGCAGAACCGCCCGGCCGAGGUGGGGGCCCCGUCAGUGGCAGCAAACAAGGCGGGCAGUGGCAAGACAGGAGCGGCGACGUCACAGGCGGCCAAGUCGGUGGCAGCCGCGGCUGCGGAGCUGGCGGCGGCGACUGGCGCCAUUACCGCCCGCAACCGGCAGCUGGGCGACCAGGUCAAGGCGAUGGAGGAGCAGCUGAUGCAGCUGCUGGCCAACGUAGCCAAGCUGCCAGAACAGGUACGUGCGCCCAGCCCGUACAAGGUAGUGCUCAAUGGAUUUUAUGUCGCCACCGAGGCGCAGCCUAGGAGACCCCACUUCCGGGUCAUAGCAUAG